AUGGGAGUGAUCAUGCCUCCCUCGACAAGGCAUCUUCUAAGGCGAACGGCAGCUUUUCUCGGUCUCGCAUACUUCACUGUCUUCGUCACAACGUCGUGCCCUCAGGGCGAGGCGCUAAGCUUGCCCUCUCCUGCCCCCAGGUUCUCUCCUAGCCCGAAUCGGGUCGGUCCCUUGGUGCUUUCCCCACGAGCGCCACGCGUCGGAUCCAUCCGUUCGCGUGCCCGCUCUGGCGACAGAUAUACCUCGGAAGAGACAACUGACUUCCGGCAUGCUUCGUCUCCCCUCUCAGCGAAUGAAUCGCAAUCCGUCCGCGCCGAAGAAGAGAGCUUUCUUCGAACCAGCCGACUGCGGGCGCCAGCCGCGGCCGGGGAGGGCGAGCUGAUCAGCUUUGCGGAGGGCGCAGAGUCAGACGGGGCGGUGGCGACCGCGGCAGCGGCGAAGUCCUUUUCUUUUUCUGAGCGGCUCGUGGGAAAGCCGGCAGAGGAAAACACGUCUGGCAGGGCGGAGGAAGAAAAGGGUUCCAGUCGUGAGGCGUCGGCGUCGACUGCAGCGCCCGCGGAGCGUCCGCAAGCGGUUUUUCUGGACGACCCAAAGCCCCGCGCAUUCGGCAUCUUCCACAGGGUCGUUUCGCCUUCUGUUUCCUUCCACAGCCGGCCGCUCUCUCCCUUGAUAAGUUUGCUGAGUCCACUGCACUUCCUCCGCGCCCUGUGGGCUCCCACCCAGUUCACAGCGAUAUCGGCCGACGACGCGGACGACAAGAAGACCGAGGAAGACGAGGAAGCAGACGACGAGAAGCCGGACGAAAAGGACGAAGCGGCUGACAAGACUGGCCGAUCAGCUGCUGCAUCGGCGCCAGAGGCUAAAGCGGCGCAGCCUCCCCAUCGACUCCCGGCGGCAUUUUCUGUUUUGCUUCAGGAGGAAGGAAGCGGAGCGCCGCGUGUGGGCGCCGAGAAGUCCUUUGGAUUUGCCGCGACGACUACUACCACGUACUCUGCGCCGAAGACUUCUUCUCCAUCCUCGGGCGCAGCCGGGAAAGCCGUGAGUAAGGCGGAGGCAGUGGAGCUGGAAGACGAGAGGCGCGUGGACGCUGACGAUGACGCCGCCCGCAGCAGCGAGAGUGAGAAGGAGGCGCGACAGACAGGUGAGGAGAGCGCUGCGGCGGCGGCCCAGAGCGAAGCCGAGACGGAAAAGGCAGAGAAAAAAGAGAAGACUGAAAAAGGAGGCGAAAUGAAAACUGAACUGCAAGAGGAGGAAACGGCUGAGAAGGCAGGCGAAUUUAACUCUGAACAGGCAGUGGCAGAGAAGACUGAGAAGGCUGACGAAUCAAAGUCGGAGCAGGGAGCGGAGGAGAAGACCGCGAAGGGAGGCGAGGCAAAGGCUGAACAGCCAGAGGAGAAGAGUGAGAAGGCUGAGAAGGGAGGCGAAUCAAAGGCUGAACAGCCAGAGGAGAAGAGUGAGAAGGCUGAGAAGGGAGGCGAAUCAAAGGCUGAACAGCCAGAGGAGAAGAGUGAGAAGGCUGAGAAGGGAGGCGAAUCAACGGCUGAACAGUCAGAGGAGAAGAGUGAGAAGGCUGAGAAGGGAGGCGAAUCAAAGGCUGAACAGCCAGAGGAGAAGAGUGAGAAGGCUGAGAAGGGAGGCGAAUCAAAGGCUGAACAGCCAGAGGAGAAGAGUGAGAAGGCUGAGAAGGGAGGCGAAUCAAAGGCUGAUCAGGGCAAAGAACGCGUCGAGGAGUCAUCAGCCGAAGUGCCUGACUCGCCGAAAGCGUCGAAAAUGGAUUUAGCAGUGGAGACUGGCAACUCAGGCGAAUCAAAAGAUGGAGUGCAGCCUACCGCUGUUUCCUCGCCUCCCAAGGGCGCGGAAACUGGGACGACGCCAUCAUGGGAAGCAAAGAAGAAAGGCGACGGAGGCGAGAGUCGGCUAGAAAAUGGGUCGUCUUCCGAGGAUACGUCUCAGGUAUCUGCAGAGGAAGAAGCAGGGGGGCAGCAGGUGAAGCCUCACGAGCCUGAAGACAAGGAAACUCAGAAAACGGCGACAGGCCAUCGCCGGACGGCAACGAAGGACGCGAAGCAGGCGUCACACCCGGAAGCAUCCGAGGACUCUUCUGCGAAGGCAGCUGCAGAAGCCGCUAUCCCGCUUAAGGCCGGGAGCGGCGAAGGCUCGCAAGCCAAGCAGUCGGGCGUUGUUACAUUUACGUUCUGCCUUCGCGGCCACGGAGAGUGCACGCCAGACGAGCCAGAGACCCUGGGAAGGAUCAGCGUGUACGUCGACGAGUCCCUGCAGCUGGAUAUGAGAGACCACGACGACUGGACACUCGUUGGCAAAGCCAUGAAUAAGUGGCUUAAGCACCACUACUUCGAUGGGUCAGAGGGGAAGGCCUUUGGCUGGGCGAAUGCGCUUCGCGGCUGCGUCCUCGACUGGGCGGAGCCGAUAGGAGCGUUCACGCCCAAGUGGAUCAUGAUGAAGAAAAAGGGGUAUAAACCAAAGAAAAGGCAGAGAGAGAUGUUUCUCGACUUCUACACAGAGGACCAGAAGACGGGUCACCGCAUUGCUUCGCUCGUGAACUGUUUCCACUUUCUCACAAGCAUCGACUACUUCUUCGUAACGUCGACAAAGAGCGUCAGCAGCGAGGUGAAGCGGAAAAGGCACUCGGCGCAUGCACUCAUUCUGAAGUCCUCAGCCGACCUUGACUACGAUGCUUUUCUGGAGGAGCGGAGAGAACUCGCCGACAACCUUCAUCCGCCUCCACCUGCUAAACGGCAGCCUGUGAAAAGGCAGCCAGAGAAGUCAGCCCCAGAGUGGUCGGCUUUGUCUCUUGCGUUCUCAAUGGUGCAGAAGCGACGCAGUCGCGCGGCGCUGGCAACAAAGCUUGAAUCGUCUGUCAGGGCUGCGUAG